CGUCUGCUGCGGGCCGCGGGCCGAGGCGCGAGCACUCACCGGCAUGGGGGGCCAGGGGGACAACUACUACGGCAAGCACGGGACGCCGCAGAAAUACGACCCGACUUUCAAAGGUCCCAUCUACGACAGGGGCUGCACGGACAUUAUCUGCUGCGUCCUGCUGGUCAUCGCCAUCGUGGGCUACGUGGUGGUGGGCAUCGUGGCCUGGACCCACGGGGACCCCCGGAAGGUGAUCUACCCGACCGACAGUCGCGGGCAGUUCUGCGGGCAGCAAGGAACCCCCAACGAGAAGAAACCUUUCCUCUUUUACUUCGACAUCGUGAAGUGUGCCAGCCCACUGGUGCUGCUGGAGUUUCAGUGCCCGACCACGCAGAUCUGCGUCAGCAAAUGCCCGGACCGGUACCUGACGUACCUGGGCGCCUACAACUCCCGCACGCCCGGCGAGCUGGAGUACUACCGGCACUUCUGUGUCCCCGAAUUCAAAAACCUGCAGAAGGCUCCCGUCGAGGUGCUGAAGGACAAGGAGUGCCCGGCCAUGAUCAUCCCCAGCACCCCACUGGCGCGGCGAUGCUUGCCGGCCAUCCGGGCCAAGAAGGGCGUCAUCAUGGUCGGCAACGAGACCACCUACGACGACGGCCGCGGGCGCCGGAGGAACGUCACCGAGCUGCUGGAAGGGGCCAAAAAAGCAAACGUGGUCCUGGAAACCAGACAACUGGCCAUGAAGAUCUUUGAAGAUUACACGGUUUCCUGGUACUGGAUAAUAAUAGGCCUCGUGAUCGCGAUGGUGGCCAGCUUCAUCUUCAUCGUCCUGCUCCGCUUCCUGGCCGGGAUCAUGGUCUGGGUGAUGAUUGUGAUGGUGAUCCUGGUGCUGGGCUACGGAAUCUUCCACUGUUACAUGGAAUACGCAAAACUAAAAGGGGAAGCGGGUUCUGACGUCUCCCUGAAGGACCUGGGAUUUCAGACAGACCUACGCGUCUACCUCCACCUGCGGCAGACCUGGCUGGCGUUCAUGAUCAUCCUGUGCAUCGUGGAGGUGGUGAUCAUCCUGCUGCUCAUCUUCCUCCGCAAGAGGAUCCUCAUUGCCAUCGCGCUCAUCAAGGAGGCCAGCAGGGCUGUUGGUCACAUCAUGAUGUCGCUGCUGUUCCCGUUGUGCACCUUCUUCCUGCUGUGUCUCUGCAUCGCCUACUGGGCGAGCACUGCUGUUUUCCUCUCCACCUCCAACGAGGCGGUCUAUAAGGUGUUUAACGAGACUGCGUGCCAGUUUUCCGGGCAGACGUGCAAACCAGAGACCUUCAACACGAGCAACGUCACCAAGCUGUGCCCCGACGCCCAGUGCCUCUUCGCGUUCUACGGGGGCGAGACGGCGUACCACAAGUAUCUCAUCGUCCUCCAGUUCUUCAACGUCUUCAUGUUCUUCUGGCUCGCCAACUUCGUGAUCGCGCUGGGCCAGGUGACGCUGGCGGGGGCCUUCGCGUCGUACUACUGGGCCUUCAAGAAACCCGACGACAUGCCCGCCUUCCCCCUCUUCUCCGCCUUUGGCCGCGCGCUCCGGUACCACACCGGCUCGCUCGCCUUCGGCUCUCUGAUCCUCGCCAUCAUCCAAGUCAUCAGGGUCACUCUGGAGUAUCUGGACCACAGAUUAAAAGCUGCAGAUAAUAAGUUUGCCAAGUUCCUCCUGAGCUGCCUGAAGUGCUGCUUCUGGUGCCUGGAAAAAUUCAUCAAAUUCCUCAACAGAAACGCGUACAUCAUGAUCGCCGUCUACGGCACCAACUUCUGCACCUCCGCCAGGAACGCGUUCUUCCUGCUGAUGAGGAACAUCAUUAGGGUGGCCGUUUUAGAUAAAGUCACCGAUUUCCUCUUCUUCCUCGGUAAACUCCUCAUCGUGGGAAGCGUCGGAAUCCUUGCCUUCUUUUUCUUCACCCACCGGAUAAAGCUGGUCCAAGACACAGCGCCGCCCCUGAAUUACUACUGGGUCCCUAUUCUGACGGUGAUCGUGGGCUCCUACCUCAUCGCCCACGGGUUCUUCAGCGUGUACGGCAUGUGCGUGGACACCCUCUUCCUCUGCUUCUUGGAAGACCUGGAGCGUAACGACGGUUCGGCCGAAAAGCCUUAUUUUAUGUCACCCAACCUGAAAAAGCUCCUGAAGAAGACGAACAAAGGUCAGCCGGACGCCUAGAGCCUGCCCUCGUCCCUUCCACGCCUCCUCUUCCCAUUCCCGCUUCGGGAGCAGAGCUGCAGGGUGAUGCCCAGCAUCGUUUUGUCCCAUAUGGAAAUCUUGUUAAUGAACUUUGAACCGCCGUCUCCUUUACCCCUGCGGCAGGCGAGCAGCAGAAGGGCGGGUUCGCUCCAGAGAAGAAUGGGUUAUUGUUAACGAUUCGGCCUUAAAUCGUCGGGGUUGCUAAACGAAGACCGCUCUAGCGUGUCUGCUUCCGCAGAACUCGUCACAGCUAACGUGUCCCGUUGGUCCCCAGCCAGCUCAAAUACCGAGCUGGGGAGUUCCCGGCUGAAUCCUGCCAGCGCAGGUGCUGAUAAAAGCAGCGGGGAAAUGUCUCUGACACAGGGCAAAGUUCCGUCUUCCGGGGUGUCAACCCACACCACAAUGAGUUUAAUUGGAUUUAGUAAUUUUAUUUUAUACCGGUAAAAAAGAUGAUGUUACCUUCAGGUCAGCUGCGUUCGGCUGUCCCUUAGCGCUUGGGUAAACCCAGGCGCUGCGGUGACCGGCGAACGAGCUGAGGGCUUUAAGCAGCUCCUCGACUGGGGUUUUUAUUUGCAGGGCCCCCCCGCCCCCCAAUAUUUAAUUGCAGUUGUUGAUUCCUACCCAGAGAGCUGAAAGAUGCUGAAUCCGCCUCGCUUCUCUUGCCACCCUUCGGAGACGCCUUAGGGCCCCGCGCUGGGGUUGCGCUGAGCACGUUUAGACAAUUAGUUCUUUUAGGAAUAUGGCAGUUAGCGUUCUUGUAGCCACCUGCGAAGGCUGGAGGGAAACGAGGGGUCGACGAGCAGGACUGGGACGGGGAUCCCGCGGAACCAGGGGUUUGUGUGUGGAUACAACCCGGGACGGACGGACAGACACUCUGUACAGUUAUUGCAUCUUUCUAGGACUGACAGCUUCUACUGAUUCCUCCCCCAAAAAUCCUGCACUAUAUAUUUAAAAAAAAAAAAAAAAAUUACAGCAAAGCCUUCCCUAACUGUCGAACAAAAUGCUUUGCCUGUGUGACGAAUUUAGGAAGACCCCACCUGCGGGCAUGGUGAAGGAGUAAUGUAUAUAUCUUUUUUUCUUUCUUUUUUUUUUUUUUUUUUAGGUUAACAUUAGGUAAUUUUAAGCAAACCAAAUGACAAACAACAGGUUGCCUUACGUCCUUUAGAUGCCACGGCGUCGCCUGGACUUGUAGCUGACUGCUGUUUCUAACGGGAAGGUCCAGACCUUUGGCAGCUCCUGUCAGGAGAAAAAGGGGAGGUUUUUGAGAAAUAGAUUAAAGGGGGUUAAACAUCACUAAACCACAAAUAUUAAAACCAAAAUUUAACAAAACUAAAACGCCUCCUCUGAUAGGUGCAGCUGCUGAAGUGUCCUUUGAGCAACAGGAGGCUCGCCCGGGUACAGUCCCCACCACAAACUGUACUUUUUUGUGGUUUAAUUUGUUUAAAAAUAAAUGUACUCAGGCUUUGGUGGACAGCGUCACAGCUCCCAAAGCACGGGGAGCCAGCGGGAGCAGGAGGCUUGUGGGGUCACACGCACCUCCCUGCCACAAAAAAUGCAAACCCUCUUUAUCGCAAACGUUUGCUUAGCCACGUUUGAUUUGUGCUGAAGGAUAUAUUUUGCUUCUUUUAUACAUAUUUCUUAGUAAUCUUUAGAUCCCUGUAGUAUUUUUGUAAGAUACAAGGAAAGUUUUCUAUCUGAAUUAUUAAAUGGUUUGGGGGUUUUGUAUAUUUCGCUUUUACUAGUUGUUUCGGUUCUGUAGCCGUUAUUUCCAUCUCUUCCAGUACUGUUUUUGUGACGGAUUUUGAAAUAUCUACCUGGCAGCACGCCGAGACGUAACUGCCCUGGCCUGGGGCGGUGCAGCACCGCCGCCGUCUUCCUAAGCCGAUCGCGGGCGUAGAGCUACGCUUGCUGGCAUCAAACGCCGUCGUUUCUCUAAAGCGCCUUUUUCCCUGCAUCGCGAUGUAGCCGAUCCAAUGCUCGGGGGGAGAGCUAAAAAGAAAAGGUGAAGGCAAAGGUAAAGCUAAAAAGAAAAGGCAAAGGUAAAGCUAAAAAGAAAAGGCAAAGGUCAAGCUAAAGAGAGGAGAAUCCUCUCGGUUUGGGAUAGGGGGUAAGUGGGAAUAAUUAAGGGAAAAAUUACGGGAAUAUAUUCAGUUUACAGCUAUACUAGCACCUACGAGAAAACAUUUUCUGCAGCCUGAUGCUGAAUUAUUUUAGUUUGUUUCCUCUCCCAUCCUUGUGUAGGUUUUGAGGUGGUUUGUUUUAUUUCCUGCUUGAAAUUUUUGCGUAGAGGGUAAGUUUACUCUCGCUCCUCGACUUCAGCUGUUCGCUUUUUAUGUCAAGACACUCUGGUUGUGGAAACGCUGUCGGAAGUAGCAGAGGGCCAUCACUAACUCGACUUAUUUGCGUAAACAGCCAAUAUACAGUAGAGAUUUUUAGGUCUGGAAAUACAAGUGUUGAAAUAGAGAAUAAAUUUAGCAAAAGGUGUCCUUUGGGCCGUGGGGCUGGCUCUGCUGCAUUCUGUAGACUCGGUAUUUGAGGAGCAGAAUUAGGGAUUCCUAUUUCCAAUAAGCCGAAGUAGCAGCCAGGUUUUCAAAGCUGAAAACUACAGGCACUGCGCUGGCCGAGAGCUUCGGAAAGCAGAGAGGCAAAUCUUCCAGUAAAUGAGGGGUUUUUGGAAAAAAAAAAAUGAGAGCCACUCGGGCGAGGGCGGCUGUCUGGCUGGAUUUUAGUGUCCGGAAAGGCUUCACUCGGUGACUUGGGUUAUUUCUUUGUGCAAGCAUGGACUGAUCCGUGCACUUGGAGCACGUCUCCCAUGUAAAGCUGUGUAUUUAAAGGCAUUAAUUUGUUUGUCUUUACGAAUAAUCGCGGUCUUUUCUGUAUUGAGAUGCAACUUUUGUCCCUAUAAACGGCGCAUGCUCCAAAUCGUUCCCUGAAUCAGGCCAGGGCAAGUAAAAAAAACUAAAAAAAAGUGCUAAAAACUGCAGGGCUGAUGUUCUACAAAAAAAAUCCCUUCUUUUUUUAAUGUAUUUGAGGCAUUAACUACUCCUACUAUGCACUGGGGCUCCUAUGCAAGGACGUGUCUCCGGCGGGAGCGUCCGCGCGCGUUCCUGAUGUCAUGUGUGAUGGUUCCAUCGAUGUCAGCAUUGCAACCACAAAUAAAAGUGCCUGUUUGGACCUCG